AUGACGAAACGGAGAGCAGAAAACGUCCUACUUAGCGACGUUCCAAAUAAGCGUCUGAGCUCACUAUGUGGCCCUGAGACGCACCACAAAUGUGCGCAUAUGGUCCAAACUACUGCUUCGCCGUCCUUAUUAACGUUAGUUGGGAAUCGCUGCAGGAAGAGACCGAACUUUUUUGAGGAGGAGGAGGAAUCGCAUGAAUUUACUUUGUCGCCAAAGAAAACAUUAACCAGCAUGAAAAACUCGCCUGACAGGGGGAUGAGUUCUGGAAGAUUCCGAGAUGAAAGCAAACCACCUGUGCGUUCCUCAUCAUGCGUACCCCCAAAGACAGGUACCAGAGAGGGGGUGACUUGCACAGAUGAAGACCUCAGCUCUUAUAAUUCUUUCCAGUAUUGGAGAGUUCCGCUACCAGAACUUGAUUUGUCAUUGCUGGAUGGUGACAAUGCUUCAGAAACUUCUGGAACAAGCCAUUCCAAAGAUCUGGAAGCGAUGGAGACAUGAGGAGACUAAAUACCAAUCCAGCAGACACUGUGACUCUGUCAGUGGCAUUGGUGACAGCCUCGUGGCUUUAUGGAUAAUCAGACAACGUGCAGAGAUGUACAGAAUCUGUGUGUGGUGAACAUGACCUGUCCCAUUGAUAUAUACAUAAAGCACAUUUCACAUAUAAGUCAGAUUAAUUCCACUCCCAUCAAAGAAACUACAAUCUUACUACUAAUGUUCUCAAAAAUGUGAAACUACGGAGUAUUUUAACAGACUUAGUGGAUGUAUCAUCAUGAGAACAUGGGCUGGACUUAUGUGAUCUCUCC